AUGGGAACUGUUGCGCCCAGUGUUUCUUACGCUCGAAAUAUUUUAUUAAUACUUUUUCUAUCAUUCGUUUUAGUAAUAUUUCUUUAUCCCAAAGACAAAAGCACAAAUCAAUUUAAAACUCAACUGUUGCUUUUAUUACGACAAACUCAACUGGCACCAGCGCAACUAGAUGAAGCACAUUUCUACAAGCUUUAUCCCUCACUGAAAGAUCCCCAAGAGAAAAACGCUAGCAACUCGUCGUCGUUGCCAUUGAUUUUAAGACAACAAGCAAUUGCCAUUUGUAUUAAUUAUAAUUAUGAUCCCGAUGCGAGCGGCCAUUCUUUAAAGUCAAUAUUAACUUAUUAUUCUCUGAUACACCAGUAUUUGAUCAUUCUAACACCGUCACCAUUAGACAAAUUAUCGCAGAAGAAUCAAGCCAUAUUAAAACAGUUUAAUGCGAAACAAACAUCAGUUGUACAACAGCCAAACAAACAUCUGCUAUUACAACAAGUUAACAUUACAUUGUCACAUCUUAAGCAAUCAAAUCUUUAUCAUGUUGAAUGUACUAAUGCAUCGCGUGGCUUUUAUCAGUACAAAUGUAUAUCAUUGUGUGCACAGUUUGGGGAUAGACUAAAACAAUCUGAUAUAUUCUCAACAUUACACGGUGUAUUAUAUCUGUCUGAUGAUGUUUUCUUUAAUUUCACUCAAGUAUUCGCUCAUCUUGAACGUUAUUCAUUCGAUGAAUUUUGGAUAACUUCAUCUAUUAAUUAUGUAAAUCUUACAAGUGGAAAACUAGGCGCAAAAGAAUUGAAAAAUCCUUGGUGGCAUUACAGAAAUGGAUGGGAACGUUUUCGUAAGUUGUUCAAUACAGAUUUGCCAAAAGACUAUCGAAAUAUAUUCAAGAUAUUGUAUGGUCCCGACAAUGUUUUAACAUCAAGUUAUUCAGAUGUAAUUUAUAUUCCUUUUGCUGAUAAUCAAUUACGGACAUUUGUAAAAAUGGUUGCUUUAGUUAUGUCCUUAUAUCCAGAAGUAUUUUGUGAAGUUAUAAUAACGACACUCGUUGAUUUAACUAGUUCAUUAUGUAAUCAUUGGCCUUAUCAGAACGACAGAG